AUGACGGUGAAGACGGGGAUAUCGGUCAUCGACAGGCACCGACAGCCUUGGACAGACAGAACAACCCUUCUGUCGCCACUUAAGCACACGAUGGGGGGAAGGAGGAAAGCCAACACACAAGCAGGGCUGCUCCUGCCAGACCGUUCAUCUCCCGCUGGCUGCCGGAGGGCCCUCUGCGGCCACCGAAAGGAUUCUGCAGAAUUCCAUUGGUAUCACAUACUGAGAAGUCUGUCCGAUACUGCUAGGGGCAUUCUGGCUAUUGACGAGGCCAGGGAGCCCAUCACCUUAGUACUGGCAGAAGAUGGCACCAUUGUGGAUGAUGAAGAUUACUUCUUGUGCCUGCCACCUAACACCAAGUUUGUGGUACUGGCCAGCAAUGAGAAGUGGUCCAGCAGAAGCUUAGACAGUGGAACAGCCCAGCUCUCAGAGUCUGCGGAUGAAGUGGACAGUGCUGCAGAGAAGUGGAGGCAGCUGGCCAGGCAGCUGAAGGAUGACCUGUCCAAUAUCAUCUUGAUGUCUGAAGAAGACCUCCAGGUGCUUAUUGAUGUACCACGUGCAGACCUGGCAGAAGAACUUGCCCAAAGUGAAACCAAAAUCCAAGUAUUGCAGGACACCCUGCAGCAGGUGCUGGACAGACGAGAAGAAGAACGCCAGUCAAGACAGCUCCUGGAACUCUACCUAGAGGCCUUGAAACAUGAAGACAGUAUCUUAAGGAAAGUAGCAGAACCUGAGGCUGUACCAGGAAACGAGAUGGAUGUGGUUGACACGGGUACCAGCAGUACAGGCACCUCAGCCAAAACAGCGCUGAGUGAGCAGAUCCUUGCUGCUCUGAAGGAGAAACCUGCGCCAGAGCUCUGCUUAGACAGCCAAGAUCUAGAGCUCGUCUUGAAAGAAGACACACAAGCCCUGGCCUCGGCUCUGAGAUGGGACAAGCAGAAAGCUGAAGCUCUGCAGCAAGCCUGUGACCAGGAGCUCUCCAAGCGUCUACAACAAGUGCAGACUUUGCAUUCCCUAAGGAGCACGUCAAGGGGCAAGAAAACGCUACCCUGGGGAGACUGGCUUAGUUCAAAACGCAAAAAAUAAGACACUAGUGCUGC